AUGUCUAAGCGGUGGUUCGUCGAGACCACCCCCGAGGGGCGGCAGCAGUUUGUGUCCAUCAAGAGAUCGCGGUCUUACGGUGGACACCAUAACCGCGUUCGUGAAAUCGACUACAUCAAGGUUAGCCUUGAGGAAUGGAACGCUCUUGUCGAUAAGGAGCGCAAGCUAGAAGAGGUCAACAAGUCGUUGUCGGACGAGUGCAGCCGCCUCAAGUCGACCGCCUCGACUUCGCAGGCCGAGGCCAAGCGUCUAGCCGUCGUCGUCAUCCCCGGACUCGAGAAGCAAAUCGGCAUACUCACCAUCGAAAACGAGUCUCUCCGCCGGAGCAUCGACAAGACGGGCGACAGCUCCUCCAAGCAUCACCGCGAGGAAGAGAGGCUAAAGUAUAAGAUUGUCAAGCUCGAGGCCGACAACCUUGAGCUUCGGGAGGAAAACGCAGGUCUGCGUGAGAAGAACCGCAGCCUGUCGAAGCAGCUCGAGCAGAGCUUUAGCCGUCGUGUAUCGGAGAUUCUUGGAGAUGUCGACUUCUGGAAGCACCAGUACCGUCACUGGCGGGCACGAUACGAUGAGCUACUGAAGCGCUACAACGACAUCUUUGAUCUGAUGGAGACUCGGACAAAGAAGAUGAAGGCAUACGAAGAUAUUCUGCGGCGAAACGACAUGAUCUAA